GUAUCCACUCCCACGGGCUCCCCUCCCCUAAAACCCUAGCUAAACCCCAGCCCCUCCCCAUGGCUCUCCUUGCCUGAGCGCCGCGCCCGCCGGCCGGACCUCCCGGCCCCUCUCUGGCAUGGCGCUCCAGCUCCGCCGUCUGCUCCCGCACGGCUACGCGCGCCGCCACCGCGCCGUUACCCACGCGCUCGCGCCGCCGCCGCCUCCCGCAAUGCUUCAGUUUGGGGUGUCUCACAGAUAUUCUUGCACCUCCUUGCCCUUUUCACCCUUCCGUCCUUGUGAAAUGUGCAGAGUUGCAUUCAGGAGUAAUUCAGCUAGGCAAAUGUCUUCACAGAUUAGCUCCCGGGUUGCCCUAGGGCUCAAAAGUAGUACCUUUUUUACUACUGGCCUUUUAGACAGGUGUAGUUCUAUAAGUUUCAGGGCAACUGAUACCUGUGGAAUUGCUUUAAAGGCUAAUAAUAUUGGUCAUUCACGGUCCUUCUCAACUGGAUGCAAUAAAAAGCUAAGGUUUCUCAUUAAAAAUAAGAGUUUAUUUGGUAAUCCAAAUAUGAGAAGGGAGGAUGGAAGUGGAAGUGUAGCAAAUAAUUUGUUUCAUAGAUAUGAGAAACGACAAAGCACAUUAGCUGCAUGUAGCAUCGUUGUUGAUGAGGCUUCAACAUCUACUAGUAACAGCAGCAAAAGUGUUACCAAUACUAAGAUGGACAGUGCCAAGAGGAAGAGUUCUACAGGAAGCAAAAAAGAAGUUGAUGCAGAUAUGAAAGAAAAGAAAGUAUCUACCAAGAAAAAGAGGAUAUUUGGUCGAACUCGUAAAGCUGCAACAAAGACAACUGAGGGUAUUAGUGUGAACCAAGAGGACAAGAAGGCUGACAACUCUAAAUCAAAAAAGGGUGCUGAUAGUUCUAAAGAGCAAAAGGUGAAUAACAGGUCGAAGUCAAAAGCAAAGGAUUCCGUUGCUUCUACUGCUCCUGCUGAAGCUGAGAUUUGUAUGAAGACCUUUGUUGAUGGUUCUGGCAGUGAGAGAAAGCCACUUAUGCCCCUUUAUCCUCCCACAGCCAAAUCAGUUGUUGUUGUGGAAUCAGUCACGAAAGCAAAAGUAAUUCAAAAAUACCUUGGGGACAUGUAUGAAGUGUUACCAAGCUAUGGUCACGUGAGGGAUUUAUCAGGUAGAUCAAGAUCAGUCUGCCCUGAUGAUGACUUCAGCAUGGUCUGGGAGGUGCCUGCUGCUGCCUGGACACACCUUAAGAGCAUUAAAGUAGCAUUGAAAGAAGCAGAAAUUUUGAUUCUUGCAUCUGAUCCUGACCGUGAAGGUGAAGCAAUUGCUUGGCACAUUAAGGAAAUGCUUGAACAGCAAAAUGCGUUGGGCUGCGAUGUGACUGUUGCAAGAGUUGUUUUCCAUGAAAUAACGGAGGAUGCUAUUAAAAAAGCUUUAAUGUCCCCAAGAUAUAUUGAUAUGAACUUAGUUAAUGCUUAUCUUGCACGCCGUUCUCUUGAUUAUCUGAUUGGCUUCGGCAUAUCGCCACUUCUUUGGAGGAAGUUGCCUGGUUGCCAGUCAGCUGGACGAGUACAAUCUGCAGCUUUGGCACUUGUAUGUGAUCGGGAAGCUGAAAUAGAACAGUUUAAGCCACAAGAGUAUUGGACAGUACAGACAGAAUUCAAAACCCAAUAUGCAGACCCUUCAAAUGGCACAUGCAUUCCAUCCCGGAUAAAGCAUCUGAAUUCAAAAAAGCUGGAUCAACUUUCCAUACGUUCUCAAGAAGAAGCCCAAGCUAUAGAAAAGAGGAUUCAUUCUUCUCAGUUCGAGGUUAUAGGUGUUAAAAGAAGUAAAAUGCACAAGAAUCCUCCAAUGCCAUAUAUUACAUCCAGCCUUCAACAGGAUGCAUCAAACAAACUACAUUUUGCUGCAGGUUAUACCAUGAAGGUUGCCCAAAAGCUUUAUGAAGGUGUAAGCCUUUCAUCAGAAGAAGCAACUGGGUUAAUAACGUACAUAAGAACAGAUGGGUUCCAUAUUUCUGAUGGGGCUGCAGAAGAUAUCCGUUCAUUAGUCAAAGAAAGAUAUGGUCAGGAGUAUGCUUCAGAGGACAUCAGGAAGUAUUUAAAGAAAGUGAAAAACGCUCAAGAAGCCCAUGAAGCCAUAAGGCCCACCAGUAUAAGGAGAUUACCAUCAUCUUUGGUUGGAAUACUUGAUGAUGAUUAUUUAAAACUGUACACUCUAAUAUGGAAAAGAACGAUGGCUUGCCAAAUGGAAGCUUCCAGAACUGAGAUGAUUCAAGUUGAUAUUGGUACUCCUGAAGGAGACAUGAUUUUUCAUUCAGCUGCAUCAAGACUUGACUUCGAAGGAUACCAAGCCGUAUACGAGGACACCGAGGCAAGUCCAUCAUGUGACAACUCUGAGGCAGAUGCUGUGCAUGAGGAUCACUUUGAGGCCUUGUCCAAAUUAGAGGUUAAGGACUUGGUGUCUCCUGCUAACGUGCAUCUUGCACAGCACUUUACGAAGCCGCCAUCACAUUAUUCUGAGGGUGCAUUAAUUAAAAAGCUAGAAGAACUUGGAAUUGGAAGGCCAUCUACGUACGCGUCUAUAAUGAAAGUGUUACAGGACCGGAACUACUUGACAAUAAAAGGCCGAGUUCUGCACCCUGAAUUCCGUGGUCGAAUGGUCUCAGCAUUUCUUCUGCAUCAUUUCUCUGAGGUCACUGAUUACAGCUUUACUGCGAACAUGGAGACAGAGCUAGACAAUAUCUCUGCUGGGUCAACUGAAUGGAAGGGCCUUCUGAAAGAUUACUGGGAACGGUUCAGUAAAUAUUGUGCAGAUGCUAAUCAAUUGGAUGUCAGAAAGGUAGAAAGAAUGCUUGAAGAAAAAUUCGGUUCUAUCCUCUUUCCUGAUCUUGACAGUGAUAGUAGGAUUUGCCCUAGUUGUUCUGAAGGAACCCUGAGAUUUAAAGUUAGUAGGUACGGUGAAGGCUAUUUUAUAGGCUGUGAUCGACAUCCAAAAUGCAAGUACAUUGCUCGCACAUUGUCACAGGAAGACGACGAAAAUGAAGCCUCCGAGGAAACUCAGAGGUCUUUUACACCCAGGUUACUUGGUGUCAUGCCAGAUUCCGGCGAAAAGGUCUUUUUGAAACAAGGUCCGUAUGGUUACUACGUCCAGGUUGGAGAGGAUAAAAAAGGACUGUUUCCGAAAAGGGCUUCCCUUUCUGAGGUCAAAGAUGUAGACUCUAUCACUAUAGAAGAUGCAAUUGAGCUAUUGCAGUAUCCCAAAAUUCUGGGAAAACAUCCUGAUGAUGGUCAUCCUGUACUUAUGACACACUCUAAAGCUGGAUUUAACGUCAAGCACAGGAGAAGUCUUGCUCCAGUUCCAAAGAAUGCAGACCCAAAGCAGAUUACGAUUGAGCGUGCGCUGAAGCUUCUGACUGGUAAAAAGGUGAAAAAAAUUGGUCGACCAAAGGGGAAAGCUAAGAAAAAAGAACCCAUUGAAUGGCAUUAGCUGCCUACCAUGUGUGCUUGGCAGUUGGUUAGAGAAUUAUACCCAUGUAUGAAAUUCAGAGUUGGUCAGCAUCAAGCAUAAGUCAAUAUUUGUUCGAUAAAGUGGCUCGGCCUUCUGUGUGCUUUGUUAUGAGAGCAGAAAGGGAUCCACUCAUGAAGGGCGGCUGGUCGACAAGCAUAUGGAACUUGUACUCACAAGCUGAUGCCCUAUGAUUUGGUAAUAAAGGUGGACUUCUCCGUAUUGGCCAAGAAGAUACAUACGCAAGCAACUGCGGGUCAUAUCUCUUCAUUUCAUUCUUUUUCUUUAGUCAUCAUCGACAGUUGUAUAGAACACAUGAACACAACUUACCAGACUAUAUACCCAUAGGUUUUGUUUUUACGAAUUGCAGUUUAAAGUGAACUUAAGCUGCUAAUGUUGCCGCAAAGAUCAGAGGGUGGUUUGAUCACCCAUUUUUGUUCCUUUGGAAUAUAUCCCCUUUUCUUUCAGGGUGAAUGAUGUAAUAUUUUUUGGAAACGAAAUUUUUUGUUCUUCUA